UUUUUUCACGUUGCUGUAUUUUUUGAUAGAAUAUGAGUUGGAUAGCGGGAGAAACAGUCAUGCCGUAACGACUAGUGUGCGAGUUCCGACCACAGUGGCAAGUGCUAAGACUAGUUUGAGAUAAUAUUUUACAAGGAAAUAAGGAAAUAACUCCAGUAGACCGGGCUGUUCCCCUGCCCCCGGGAGUUAGUGAAACUUGCUGCUCCGUUUCUAGUUAUACUCGGUUAUUCCUUUAAGAAUUGUCUUUUGCAGCUGGUUCAUAAUGUCAGGCAAUGUAUCACCAAAGGAAGUUUCCAUCGAAAACCUUAAAGAGGAGAUCCACGCCCUUCUUUGUACUGUCAAAGGAUCUGUACCAUCUGAUCAGCUGCUAAAGGAUUAUAAGUCAGUAUGUGGAGCCAUCUUACCUUAUCGUCAACUUGGAUUUUCCAAUAUUAAUGAUCUGCUGAAGAGUAUGCCAGAUGUUGUCUCGUGCCAUAACUCCAAUGGCAAUGUUUUGGUUAAAGCUGUCCUUAAAAAUGAAUCUGCUCACAUUAAUAAGCUAGUCCAAGGGCAAAAAGGGACUAAAAAGAGGCCGCGAAUGCUCCAGGCAUAUCCCAUUCAGCGUGGCCCGGGGUCUUUGUUGAGAAACCCAAUUAAUGCCAACAAUCGUCCUGCCGCACCCUGGAAUUUUCCUAAAUAUUACGUACCACCAGCCAUGCGUAGCAUUGUUGUAGUUCCUCAAAACUCUACCAUUCGACAAGCGAUGAUUCCGAGGCUCUCCCAACAACCUCCUCCUCAGCAGAUCGCCGCACCUCCAGCGCAGCAACAAGGUUACCAAGCACCUCACCUCAAACAACCGGCUCAGCUGAUGCAGCCGAAGACUUCUCAAACGACGUCACUCCCAAUGGUGAAGUUUCCGCAAGUACAUCAAAGACCUCCACCACCAAUAAAUCUGCAGUUGCCAGGCGCGCAUGCGAUUCCAGUUUCCACGGGGAAAACUGGAAAACCUACUGUAUCCCCUCUUCCGAUUGUGAGGCCCAACAAUUUUCAUCGUGAAAAGUUACAACGAUUCGUCCUCCUUCAUAGAUUGGGAGAGAUUACUUACGAGGAUGCGAAAAUGAAAAACGGCAGGUACGUUGCCACUGUCGUCAUCGAUAAGAAGAAAUCAAGCUGCUAUCCUGACGAGUUCGCUACCAAAGAAGAUGCUUAUGAAAAGGCUGCUGAAGUGGCACUCAGCGAGUGGGAAUCAAAAUAUCAUGACAAUAUUAGAAAAACCUCGGUAACCACCGACGACAAAAUAAUGGCAAAGAGGGUCGUUGACAUAGUUAGCAAACACUCGGGCGGCUGUUGGAGCGAAGAGUUCGUCAAACUUUACGAGUACUCGUUUUACGGCGAAUCUUUACCAGAAGAUUGGGUCCAGCGCGUUAAAGCCGUCACGGAUGAGUUAGAAUUCACGGCUGGAAUCGAACAUUUCCUUGUGUGUAUGGCUACAACGAAGAAGACGCCUGAGCCUGUAACAUCGUCUCCAUUUCUUUCAAGGGAACCCUUAUUUAAUCAACCACCUCCAUCAAACGAAUCUUUCUACAACCAGUCGGUCAGUGAAUUGUUCACACAACCCGUUUCUAAGGAGAUGCAACCUCAAAAAUCUCACGCCUCAAUACCUGAUGAGUCCGCAUGCCGGCCAAUUCCGGUCCAGCACAUCGAUAGCGACGUUUGGGUUGUCCACGUUCUUGUUGUUUGCGCUGGGGAUCAGUUGGCAAUUCGCCGAAUCGAUUCGGAGCAAUACUCUGCGUGGGAGGAAAUGAUGAAUGACAUGGAUCUGUUUUAUAGCGAGCACGAGGCUAGCCUGACUCCAGUUGGGUUAUUAGAACGCGGUUGCCUGUAUGCGUCACAAAUCGACGGUAUUUGGGCUCGUGUUGAGCUAAUGGCUUACACUGAAAAUGGCGAUGUAGAAUUAAAGCUUGUGGAUUAUGCCGAUGUAGAAACCGUCGUGCCUUCUUCCGUAUUUCCGUUGGAGAAAAAAUUUGGAGAAGUACCUACUCAAGGAAUAAAGUGCCUUCUUCAUGGCCUGUCUUCUUUUGCAAACUCAGAACACACCAUCACUACAGAAAUUGAUCGACUUCUCAACAACCAGUUUGUUGCUCGUGUUGUCUCCCGAGAGCCACAUGUUUCAAUCAUCCUAUAUGAAUCUCCCAGUGAAAUCAACAUGAAUGAGUGGAUCUUGGAGCAAGUUGCGGAAAAAUUGCCGAUAACGCCGCUGAAGGUCGGACCAGUCAUUCAGAAGUCGAUAAUCUCCUAUGUGUCGUCUGCCUGCGAUGUUUACAUGUCACGCGAUACCCCGCAGAAGAACGUCGUCGAUUGUCUCGUUUCACUUUUGCAAUUGCGUGUCGAGCAGUCCCUGCUUCCGGCAACCCUCAUCGCUGAUGGUCUUUACCUAGGGCGCAGUGAAAAGCAUGGGUGGUGCCGUAUGCGGCUGUACAGUUCGAUUCCAACCCAUGAUGGAAACGUUUCUGUCCAGUUGAUGGAUUUUGGGGACACAGAACUUGUCCCUGGGAAUACUUUAAGGGAAUUGCAGUCAAUGUCGCCCGUUCUGGCCCGCAUUCCCGAUCAAGCAGUUCGUGUCGUUCUGGCUCGUCUUCCACCGCCAUCCUGUACUUUCACAGAGAAAGCUGCGAAGACGUUGCGCGAACUUACGCCUCCCGGAUUGAGUUUAAUGGUACGCGUUCAGGAGUUUAGAAAUGGAAUUCCUGUUGUGGAGUUGUUUGAAAGGAUCGAAGAGUCAGGCAAACUCGUCACUAUAAAUGCCAUGAUGGAGAUGGACGAGAGCCUCUACCGAUCAACAGACCAAGUUACCGUCCAGCCUGCCUUGCCGAAAACUCGAUUGGAUGCUGAUAUGUCGCAGCGUGUAGCUGCUAUGACACUCCCGUCUAGAAGGUCUUCUACUAGCUCGUCACCGUCGCCAACAUUCCAAAUGGAGCGUGUGGUGGUUCCAGAAGCUGAUAUUCCAGCUAUAGAUACUGGAAGGUUUUUGACCCCAUUUGACGUACAAGUAUUCAACGUAUCAAAUCCAGACCAUUUUUACGUCCACUCCGUCCAUUCAUUGCAGUUACUGAACACAUUGAUGCUUCGCCUCAAGGAGUAUUGCAACCGCGACGAUGUGAAGAUGACCAAACUAGAUCCACCGUCCAUCGUAGUUGAUGGUUUUUAUGCUGCUUGGCAUUCAAAGACCGAAUCCUACCGUCGGGUCCACGUAAUUGGCAAAUCGGGAUCGAUGAUUAGUGUCGCUUUUGUCGACCAUGGCGAAAUCGAUAUAGUACCUCUAAGUGGUAUUCGGGCGUUGCUUCCAGAAUUCGCGGAACUUCCAGCUCAAGCUAUGAAAGCGCAACUGUUUGGUGUCAAACCAACGGCUGGAGAUUGGUCUCCUCAGAAUGCUCUGUUCUUUAAGAAGUUUGUUGAUAACAGAGUUUUUUCGUCUUACGUCAUGGAAGUGUUACAAGACAAGACGCUUCGCCUGCAGCUGAAUGAUGUUCUUUCGGGUGAAAAGGAUAUUGAUGUGGCCAAGUACCUGGUCGAAAAUUGCCAUGCGACGGUUGCUUAAGCAGCUCGUCUUCUUUUCGCCGACUCUCCCUCUUUUGUUUUGAUUGCAUUUAUUACUUUGUGAAUUAAUUUCUCUUCUGCACACAAGCCAGGGUUAUGAUGGCAUCUAAGUCAAAGUUGACUCUUAAGAGAUUGUUCUGUUAAAGAAAGAAUACCAAGUUUUGUUUGUUUUGGCUCAUAUUUACCACUUUUUCCUUCUGUCAUGUUAACCAAGCAAUAACCAUCUAAUACACUCCAAAAUUUAAACCUU